GUUUUUGGGGAUAAGCCUGAGAGCCUCCCCAGCUUCACUCCUCUACCGAUCUCUACAACAAUGGCAGCAACUGUAACAGCAUCAACUCUCUCAUCCCUCUCAUCUCUUUCUCUCCACUCCAAGCCUCAUCUCUCUCUUGUAAAAUCUAUUAAAUCCUUCUCUCUCUCCCCCAAAUCUCCCCAAAUUCUCUCCCUCUCUUACCGCUCCACCUCAAUUACCAGAGCCAAAUCAAGUGACAUUGACACCACUUUCUUCGACAACGUCAACCCUGAAGAAGAAGUCGUUUUUGACCCGCCAAGCCCUCCAGAAGACUACGUUCCCCCGCCUUCCUUCGAUGAGGGCCCCAUUGAAACCGAGGAAGAAAUCGCCGCUGCUUUUGAGGAGCUGUACGGACCCGCUUUUAGUGGAGAGACCUUUUUUGGUAACGAUGUACAUGUAAUGGAUUCUAAGAUGAAAAAGGCAAGUGGGUUUGGUAAAGCGAAGAGGGAGAAACUGAGAGAUGGGUUUGAAGAGAGAGUGGUGCAGGUGAGAAGAGUGACUAAGGUGGUUAAGGGAGGGAAACAGUUGCAUUUUAGAGCGAUUGUUGUGGUCGGUGACAAGAAAGGCCAAGUUGGUGUUGGAGUUGGGAAAGCUAAGGAAGUUAUUGCCGCUGUGCAGAAAUCAGCCAUUAAUGCAAGAAGGAAUAUUAUUACUGUGCCCAUGACUAAAUAUUCGACAUUUCCUCACAGAUCUGAUGGAGAUUAUGGGGCAGCAAAGGUGAUGCUUAGACCUGCCUCACCUGGUACUGGAGUGAUUGCUGGAGGUGCUGUAAGAAUUGUUCUCGAAAUGGCUGGCGUGGAGAAUGCUUUGGGGAAGCAACUUCGAAGUAAGAAUGCUCUUAACAAUGCCAGAGCUACAAUUGUUGCAGUGCAAAAGAUGAGGCAAUUCCGUGAUGUUGCUCGUGAACGUGGUAUCCCAAUGGAAGAACUGUGGAAAUGAUGGAUAGAGACAGAAUUUUUUUUUCUCUUUUAUUACUCAAUGUGCAUUGUGUACAAGAGGUUUAUGUAGGUAAAAUCCAAUGGAAACAUGAACCCAGUUCAGUCAUUUGUUCUUUCUUUAGAUGAGAGCGAGUUCUUCAGUUGUGGCUAAGUUCUUUACGAAUUAAUGCUGCUUGAUUUUAAAAGCCAUUCUUUUAUCUAUCUUUUCCUUGACCAUUUGGCGACUUCAAAUUUGUACAAGCGUCAGUUCUUUUC